GGUCGGAAUCUUUUCGCUGAUGCACGGGAAAGAGAGUUGUUUACAAACAAGAAAGUGUCAAAAGAAAAGUGAAAGCGUCGCUGAAAGCUGCGGGUUUAGCUCCACGUUCGUUUUCUCUUCAGAAUGGAGACUUGUAGUCUCUGAUAUCAAACACAUCACUGGGUGAUAUUCUCUCUGGCUUUUCCUGUGUCUGUGGGGGCAGAUAGAUAAAACUGAGCAGGUGCAGUGUCUGAAGUUACACAGAGGUGUUGGCUGUGGGCAGUCUGCAGGACACAUGGCAGAUGAAAGCAACAAGCUGACACUGAGGCGCCUGGAGGCACCGAUCCACAAGUUCAUUAAAGUGGCUCUGCCCACGGACCUGGAGAGGCUGCAGAAACACCACAAUAACAUACUGAAGUAUCAACACAGCCAGCAAUGGGACCGCCUUCAUCAAGAGCACAUCAACGCCAGCAGAACUGUUCAGCAGCUGAGAGCAAACAUCAGAGAGAUGGAGAAGCUGUGCUCUCGGGUCCGUGCCGAAGACGCUCAUGCUCUGGAAGCGCUUGUAAAGCCAGUCAGGGACAGAGCAUCAGCCGCCGCAUACGACUUCUUGCUAUUGCACUCUAACCCCGUGCCCCAGCCCGCACCACCUCCAUCACCUGCACCUGCCAGCAGUUGCCAUGAUGACGAUGAUGUGGGCAAGGAGUCUAUGUCUGGCGGCAGGCAAAUACAGCUGCACCUUCCAGAGAUUCCUGCAGAUCAGAGUGCGGCAGAGUCCUGGGACAACUUGGAAGAGGAUCUGAAGGAGCUGAGUGGUUUGGUGACAGAGUUUAGUCUGCUUGUUCAUUCCCAGCAGGAGAAGAUUGACAGCAUAGAGGACAACGUCAACACAGCCGCUGCCAACGUGGAGGAGGGGACCAAGAGCCUGGGGAAGGCGGUGGGCUACAAGAUGGCGUUGCUGCCAGUUGCCGGGGCGCUGCUGGGCGGUGCGUUAGGAGGACCACUUGGGCUGCUGGCGGGGUUUAAAGUCGCAGGGGUGGCCGCUGCUCUGGGAGGGGGCGCCCUGGGGUUCGCGGGGGGCAACCUGGUCCAGAAACACCGCAAAGCCAGAGUGGAUCUACAGAUGAAACAACUGACAGCGCCACCACCCGACGAAGCGGAGUCCAGUAAAGACAAAUGAUGUGGUCCGCCUCUGACCUCAGCUGCUGGUUAAUCACUGAGGUGUCCCAUGUUGACUGACCAAUUAGGAGGAAAAACCAAACUCAAAGAGACUCAGUGUUGGACUUUGUCGUCUUGUGUUUCUGGUACCAAGCACCGCGGUGAAUCAAUGACACAUUAACAGCCUUAUUUUAGAGUUGGAUGCUUUUAUGUUUGUGUGUGAAUAGUGUUUCUGUGAGGACGUUUUAUACACACAACAGUUUUUUUUUUUAUUGUGAUUACAGCAAAGCAGUGAUUUUUACUUCAGCUGUGAGUGAGGCCAGUCGGACACAGCCUGACUCAUUUCAAUUUAACUGACACAUAUAUUCUGUAAACGCUGGUGGGUGAGACACCUGUUUUCACGAUGGUUUGUCAGUUUACCUAUAAUCAUGACUCCGGUCACACAUACACAAAUAUGAAGCAAAUGUCGCUCCCUGGCUCACACAGAUUAGAAGUGAGGGGAAGGUUCACCACUGAAACAUUUGCGUAUGUGUGACCGUCCCUCAUGCAGGAAAUAACAUGCUAAUGUGAACAGCUCUACUACUGAGACUUUAUAAUAAUGUGGAGAAUUUUUUUUUGACUACCAUCUCUGUUGUGCUUCAUUUAUUUAUUUAUAAAUGUAAAUUUAAAGUGGCACUGCUUCAGAGUUUAUAUCAAUUAUUCUCCAUUUACACACAGACCUGUUGUUUUUGCACAAAAAGCACCAAAGUGCCAUCGUUCAGAUCAGCUCAGUGUCUGGACUCUAACAAUCUGCCAUGUAUUCAUUUGAUCUCUGCUGGUUUUCUGCCAAAUAAAACCUUCAUUUUAUCACUCAUGUCUUUUAUUCAACAAGUUAAACUUCAAAACAUUCCUCAAGUAUGACGGAUACGAAGGAACAUCAGAAUCCCAGAAUUAUCCACUUAACCAUGAUUGAAGAUAAGUUGAAGUUGCCGAAUAUAAAGAGAAUUACCAUUAAAAUGCCACGUUAUCUCACAAACUACAAGCAGUCUACUGUAGUAAAUUUUUACCAGGUUAUUUAUGGACUCAGUUAUCAGUUGCAAAUUGGUUUUGUUGUACUAAUAUCUGUAUCGUUGAGAAAUAAACCUCAACAAAACAUUGCAUUGAAAACGUUAAGAAAUCAAAACAUUUUAAAUGAUAAAUGAACAUUAACAUAUUUAAGAUCUACCUCAAAAUAAUUGGGAUGUAGUACAUAAUAUUUCAGAUGUAUAUGUAUUAAUUUUUAUUAACUAAAAUUCAAACAAUUUAAUUUCAAAAUUCAAAUGAAUGAAUUUUAAUCUUUUCAAGACUCAGCAGAAACCCUACGGUUGGAACAAAAGAACAAAUGACGGCAGUAAAGUUCAGACAAACUCACAAACAACGCAUCAGACGAGACAACAUCCUGUAAAAUGAUUUUAAUUUACUUUACUCUGCUUCCCCUCUGAGAUGACUGGUUUGGAAAUGGCAUCACACUACCCCCUGUUGAUCUCCUGUAUGCGGGCUGAUAUGUCACUAUGCAGGCAUCUGCGGAAGGGCAGGACGCACAGUGCAAACUGAGCAAAUGGGUCCCCCACACUUGUGAUCGAACUUCAGCUUCUGCAUUUCAUUCCCGCUUCACUUCAUUCUGGGGACCUCAGGGUUCUAGACAUGUACCAAAAAAAUCCCAAAAUACAUCAGAGGAGACAAAAGCCAGUUUUGAGAGGACUUGUAUAAAGUGAGACUGAAAUUUCCACUGUUCAUUAAAUGAUUUUUCCCCCGUUGUCUCUCGACUUUUUUAAAACACUAGGAGGGACGCAGUCUUUUCUCCCCCAGCAGGACACAUUUGACAACAGGUAACAGCAAAAACAGCCAUUUCAUAACUUUACUACCAUGUUAAAGUACAGUUCAAAAACAUGUUUUUCCUCGACUUCGAUUCCCAGGAACACAACUCAGGGGUGUCAUGGCAAACAUCGUGCCUAUGAAAAUGACCCAUUCCCCUUUGACCUGUUCAUAUUUUACUGUUUUAAAGCUGUGACGUUAAUUUGACUUUAAGACACCGACUAACAGAAAAAGACAAUUUCCAAUUCAAAUUUCUACAAAUUAGUGUCAGGGUAGAGAGACUGACAACAUUUCUGAUUGGAGUCAUAUCCUUAAAGACAAUUCUUUAAAGAGGCACAUUUGGCAUCAAUUUUAGCCACGAGCUUAUGUGGCUGAAUGUGUAAAACUACAUCUCCUCCACCUUUCUUAGCUCUGUGAAAUUAGAAUGUGAACAUUGGCCAUGCAGGCAGAUUCUGGAUUGGACUUUAAAGUCCAGAAACAGAUUUAUCCUUCUUGUCAUUUGCGUUAAUUCAUGUUUGAGGUCCUCUUAAAUAAAUUAACCUAAUCAAAGGUUUUCUUUAUUGUUUCUGUUUGUUGCUUCAAUUUGGAGCUUUCUACCAACACAAGCCAUCCAGGGCCGGCAGCAGAGAAGCCUCCUUACAGCAUGAUGCUGCCACCAGCAGGCUUCAUGGUGGGGGUGGUGUCUUUUUGGUCAUGUGCAGUGUGGGAACAGUGUUUUUUAUGUUGGUCAAAGGGUUUUCUGUUGAUUGGUGACAAAAAUAAAAAAA